UUGCGGUUAAGAUUCCUCCUGUUCGAAAAGAGGAAUAAUUGGGAAAAUGCAGCAAUUUGAACCAAUUUGUGCCACAUUUGUCUAUUGUUGUUGUUGCUUGUUGACAUUCACUCCACGCACGUUGGCAAAAUGGCUGCCAAAAAGACCUUCAAAAUCAAGCAGAAGCUUGCCAAAAAGUUGAAGCAGAACAGGCCUAUUCCCCAAUGGAUCCGCAUGAGGACGGGAAAUACCAUCAGGUAUAACGCCAAGAGACGUCACUGGAGAAGGACAAAGCUGAAGUUGUAAACAACUCCAAACAAAUCUUACCUUUCCGCAUUUUUUUUUCUUUUUCUGCUUCAUUUUGAUGUAUCAAACAGAAUGAAGAUUUGUUCACAUUUUAUCUGUAAACAACCGUAUAGAGGAUUUCCCUUUUUAUAAUGUUCUGAUUCAUUUUGUUGAAAUAAAUGAAAUGAAAGCUUAA